UCGUACCCGUUCCUGGUAAAACUUAACUUAACUUUUGCAUCUCCAUCUCCAUCUCCAUCUCCAUCUUCUUUCAUCAGUAAUUGCUGGUUUCUUACUGGUAAAUCGUAAUUCUGUAUAUUCCAACUGUCGCAUACCACCACCAUCCACGUAUACUCUACCUAUACUCGGUACCAUCGCAAUCAUGGUCGCUGACGCUCUCGUCUACCACCCCACGGUAGCGCACUACCUGCGCUACAUGGCCACCACCCUCGGUCGCGACAAGCUCAUGCGAGUCCUUCAAUACUUCGCCCGCUUCUACGCCUGGUAUCUCCUCCGCACAAACGCAACCCCCGACAAGGUCGCCCCUUGGAACGCCCUCAAGAAGCAGUUCGGCCUGUUCCGAAAGGUCUUCCGAGCCGGAAAGUUCGUCGAGCACUACAAGGCCGCUGCCACUGCUUCCGACUCCAAGUCCCUCGACCCCGUCCUCAAGUACACCCAGGUCGGUCGCCAGCUGGGAUAUGCUGGUUACCUUACCUGCGAUGCUCUCACUAUUCCUGAUGCUGCUGGUAUCAGGAAGUGGCAGCAUGCCAAGCGCCUUCAGCAGGAGGCUUAUAGAUCGUGGGCUAUUGGUAUCGCCUUUAGCAUUAUUGGUCAGCUGUACACUCUGCGACAGCUGAGCGUGCGCGCAUCAAAGGUUGAUCUGAAGGAGGGUGAGGGUGUUGUUGAGAGCAAGACCAUCUCUAUUGAGCGCGCUGCCGCCAAGAAGCAACUCCUCUGCGAUCUUUGCGAUAUCCUCGUCCCUGUCUCCGGUCUCGGAUGGGUUUCCUUCCUCGAUGACGGCAUCGUCGGCCUUACUGGUACCUUGAGCAGUGUCAUCGGUGUCUACACUCAAUGGAAGAAGACGGCUUAAUCUUGAACACAUACCAAAACCCAACAAUACCCGAUACCAUAUUUAUACACACUCCGUAAUUCCUUACAAAGCGCGUCACUUUGUUAUCUGUUCGGUCGGCAUCUUUCUUUUUGUACUAUAAGGGGGCGACACGGUUGGGUUGUUGUCCAAAGUAAAUCACGAGCAUCAGGUUCACUCGUUGUGCAGUAAUGCGAUGUCAAUUUGAAGAUACAAAAUCAAAAGUUGGAUUAUUUUGGCUAUUUUCUGUGAUAAAAGCAAAAACUAGCAAAUAACGACUCUUACUGAGUGGUCCCAAAAGUCUUCCUCCAGGUUAUAGUAUAAGACAAAAUAAAAGCAAUAAGCAAUCCCUCACC